CCAGUUGUCCAGCUUUGCACAGAUGGUCGCGCAGCCAACGGGGAACUUGCUGGAAUACUCGUCUCGCUCCGUGUUUUAAUUGUUAUCAUUGUCGUCUUUUAUCGUUUUUAAUGAUCGGUUAGGGCUGGAGAUGAAUGAACAGCGGAGGUUCCGUUCUGGCCGGGUCGCCGUCAGGAAUGCGUGCCCGCCGAGGGGCGUCUCUCGCUGCUCGAGCCUCCGCUUUUUCUCCAGCCGAGCAGGGAGCGAGCCGCUCCAGCGGGCCGCGGCCGCCGCAGGGGCUCCGCUGGCGGGCUGAGCGCCUGGCAGACGACCCUCUGCUCUCCGGAGCCACCGCCGACUGAACAUGGACCGAAGGCUCUGCGUCCGCAGACCGUCGCCUGGCCCUCGUUCUCUGGAUUCAUAAAAGAGUCACACCUCUACCGGACAUGAGGAAGGAGGAGGGCGUGGAUUCAGAUUUUUCUUUUUGGCCUUUCUCACCCAUCCGAGCUCCAUGCGGCCCCCCACGGACUUGUCCCACCUGAGUGUUUUGACGUGAAAAUGAUGUCGGCGCGCGGGAGCGAGGAGCGUCGACUCCGAGAUGCGCCGUGCAAGAAGGAUGGGCCCGACCGGAGCGAGACCUCGGCUGCGGGCUCUCUCGGGACGGAGGUGGAGCCGUUCUCCUGGCCCGGGCCCAAGACGCUGUGUCUGCGCCGCACCUCGCAAGGCUUCGGCUUCACUCUGCGCCACUUCAUCGUCUACCCGCCCGAGUCGGCCGUGCACAACUCCUUCAAGGAUGAAGACAACGGCAGCCGAGGGAGGCGGCGAAGUCGCCUAGAGCCCAUGGACACCAUUUUCGUCAAGCAAGUGAAGGACGGCGGCCCCGCGCACGGAGCCGGGCUCUGCACAGGCGAUCGCAUCGUGAAGGUGAAUGGCCAGAGCAUCAUCGGCAAGACGUACUCGCAGGUCAUCGCCCUGAUCCAGAACAGCGAUGCAUCGCUGGAGCUCUGUGUGAUGCCAAAGGACGAGGACAUUCUGCAGCUGUUUUCCAGGGACAUCACCGCUCUGGCGUAUUCUCAGGACGCGUACCUGAAAGGAAACGCGGCGUACAGCGGCAAUGCCCACAACAUCCCCCAACCGCCCCCCAUAUGCUACCCUCGGGUCGAGAUCAAGGUGACGGAGGCGAGUGACGGAGGUGACGCCUCGCACCGAAAGGAGAACUACCACCGAGUGGAAAUGCCGCCGCAGACGACGACGGUCUGCGUUUGUCAUGACAAGUCGCCCGUGUGCCUGGCUCGGGCAGGCCCCGACCUCAGGCCUGAGGAGAACCCACGCCGUGCUUCCACUGAGGCGUCUACUUCGCCUCUGGCGUCUUCUCCGCCUCUGGCGUCUUCUCCGCCUCUGGCGUCUUCUCCGCCUCUGGCGUCUUCUCCACCUCUGGCGACUUCGCCACUGCAGCGUCCCGCGGAGGCCCCCGUGCGCCGCCCGAGCCAUCCCGACAGCCCGAGCUCCCUCACCGCUGCCUCGCCGGGCAAGCUAUCAGGCGACGCCGACCGUCGCACCCCCUCUGCAACGCCCGCGUCCUCGCCCUCCCCUCACCAGAACAUUGACUGGAGGACGUACACCACCUACAAGGACUACAUUGACGCCAAGAGGCUCCACACAUACGGCUGCCGCACCAUCCAGGAGCGUUUGGACAGUUUGCGUGCCACCGCCGACCCGGGCUCCGGCUCCGCCUACACUCAGCAGCGCUCAUCAUCUGCGUGUCGUCCAAGAGGCUCGAGCGCCUCUCAGGUCCGGUGGAGGAGCGCAUCGACGGAGCGAGGGCCCAACGGCGGGACCCACGCCACUCCGUUGCGAAGCGCUUCUCAGGAAAGGCUCGGCCGGUUAGAGGCGAGCGGGAAUUGGCCUCGGAGCGCUUCUCAAGACGCGCUGCCAUUCUGCGGUGAAGCUCGCGUGCUCGACCGGCUGGGCCAGAAGGCCGCCGUGCAAAGGGGCUCCUUCGCCACGGAGCGGACGGCUUUGGAGGACCGUCUUCUGCUUUGCCAAGGGGAGGAAGCCAGAGCCAGCAGGCAGGGGGCGGCCCAAAGAGCUCUCGCCGGGCGCGACGCAAAUGGAUUGUCAAACUCCUCUUUGGCGGAUCGAAUGUCUGGCAAACCUCCGUUAAGGACAGACGGCAACCUUUUGAGGUUAAAACCUGUUCAAAAUGCCAUGGUGGAGCCCUUAGCCACCACCAAAACCACAGACUCGCUCAAAGACCAAAGAACUGGUAUCAGCGGAAACCAUGCGGGCUACCCAUCACCCCUGCACCGGGAGCUCCGGACUCGGGCCGACAGUCUGAAGAUGGAGAGCGGGUGGGAAGCCACUUUGGUAGCGAGGUCUUCAUCUUGCUCGGGUCCCUCGUGUCAAGCGGCCACGCAGCGGCUGACGCAAAGUGGCACCGUCCUGUCUGCCGACAUAAACGGAGCCGCGGGUCAAAAGCCAAAGGCUUCGGUGCGGACUAACGGCACGCAAGGACGCGACGCAACGGCGGUCAUCCUGAGGAAGGAGAAAAACUGUGGAGCUUCUCGGCCGCACCCUCCGUCCCGCCUCUUUGCUGUUUGUGAUGAGCGAGGCGCCAAGCCGCCGCCGUUACUGAAGGCCGCCUCUGUCGACGCGGUGGCGUGUUGGACCGACGGCGGCUGCAGGAGGCCAGGGGCCGGCCGACUCAAGGGUGGCUCCCAAAACCUGAACGACUCCCUGGACUCCAUCCCCUUUAUAGAUGAGCCGUCCAGCCCCAGCUUGGAUCUGGACACAAUCAACAUUCCGGCCUCAGCUGUCAUCUCGGCGACGCCCAUCAAGGCCACGUCACCCCUCAUGCGCCGUCACAUGUCACACGACCACGAUUCCCUCCGGCUCGCCGCCAUCGAGUCAGACUCCGGCGGUAAAACGGAGCGCUCGUUGUCGUACGACGAAGGCUUGGAUAACUACCGGGAAGAUGGCGCAGGGAGAUCCUUGAUAACCGGGCUCAAAGGCCUCAAAAAGGCGAUGGACAGGUCGUCGCAAGAUUCCGGAUCCAGGAGGGAUUCGUCAUCGGACGUCUUCUGCGACGCCACCCGGGAGGGUCUGCUGUAUUUCAAGCAGCUGAAUAACGACAAGGGCAAGCGUGUGAGCGGCGGCGGUGGCGCACGCUCCUGGAAGCAGAUGUACGCCGUGCUGCGGGGUCACCAUCUGUGCCUGUACAAGGACAAGAAGGACAGACGGGCACACGGCGAGUGGCGCGCGGGCGACGAGCUGCCGCCCAUCAGCGUGCGGGCCUGCCUCGUCGACAUCUCCUACAGCGACACCAAGCGCAAGAACGUGCUGCGCCUCACCACAUCCGACUGCGAGUACCUCUUCCAGGCCGAGGACCGUGAGGACAUGCUGGCCUGGAUCCAAGUCAUCCAGGAGAGCGGCGACCUGGACGAGGAGAACGCAGCCUUCACCAGCCAUGACCUCAUCAGCCAGAAGAUCCGGGAGUACAACACCUUGAUGAGCCCAACGGGCAGCAAGCCGGAGCCGUCGCCCCGGUCGUCUCGGCAGUCGCUGAGCAUCCGCCACACCCUGCUGGGGGGCAAAGGAGGAGACAGCAAAACUCCCUCUCCGCAUUCACCCAAGCCCGAGCAGGAGAAGAACGUGAUGCACAAAGAUGACACCAGCCCCCCCAGAGACAAAGCCACGUGGCGGAAGGGUAUCCCGGGCCUGAUGAGGAAACCUUUUGAGAGGAAACCAUCUCCCGGCGUGACGUUCGGAGUGAGACUGGAAGACUGUCCGCCUGCGCGCAACAACAAGUUUGUGCCGCUGAUCGUGGAGGUGUGCUGCGAGCUGGUGGAGGAGCGAGGCCUGGAGUACACGGGCAUCUACAGAGUGCCCGGCAACAACGCAGCCAUCUCCAGCAUGCAGGAGGAGCUCAACAACAAGGGCAUGAGCGACGUCCAUCUCCAGGACCAUAAAUGGCGCGAUCUCAACGUGAUCAGCAGCUUGCUCAAGUCGUUCUUCCGGAAGCUGCCCGAGCCUCUCUUCACCAACGACAGCUACGCUGACUUUAUUGAGGCCAACAGAAUAGAAGAACCCGUGGAGAGGCUCAAAGUGAUCAAGAGGCUGCUUCGCCAGCUGCCCGAUCAUCACUACGAAACCCUCAAGUUCCUCUCGGCUCACCUGAAAACGGUGGCGGACAACUCGGAGAAGAACAAGAUGGAACCCAGGAACCUGGCCAUCGUGUUCGGUCCCACCCUGGUGCGGACCACCGAGGACAACAUGACCAACAUGGUGACGCACAUGCCCGACCAGUACAAAAUAGUCGAGACUCUCAUUCAGAAUUACGACUGGUUCUUCACCGAAGGAGGCCACGCAGAGCCCGUGGUGAGGGUUUUGCAGGGGGAGAACGCGGUGGAGUCACAGCCGCUCCCCAACAUCGACCACCUGCUCACCAACAUCGGUCGCACGGGCACGUCGCAGGGCGAAGUAUCGGAUUCUCCCACCAGUGACUCGGCCAAGUCCAAGGGUUCCUGGGGCUCGGGGAAGGAGCAGUGUGGCCGAGAGCUCCUGGUCUCCUCCAUCUUUGCCGCAGCCAGUCGCAAAAGAAAAAAGUCCAAGGAGAAAGUGCAGCCCAGCAGCUCUGAUGAUGACCCGGAUGGCGUUUUCACCAAGAAGGAACUUCCGGGGCAGAAGGGGGACCCGGAGGAGAACGCCCUCAGCAGCGCCAAGGCCAAAGCGGGCGCUAGGAAGGAUCAACAGAACGGUAGAAGCGCCGAGCCCACGCCCAAAGCCAAGAGGGAUCCCUCCCCGGACGUCGGUGGUCGAGGUGUCCCUCAGGGAACAGCCUCCUCCGACCCUCCGUCAUCGUACCUCGGCACCCUCGACUCCGCCGCGUCGUCCGAGCCAAAAGCGCCGACCGCCGGAGCCUCUGUUGAGGUGGACGUGAGCUCCAUCACCUCGGACUACUCCACCACGUCGUCCGUCACCUUCCUGACCGGCGCCGAGUCCCUGGCGUUGAGCCCCGAGCUGCAGGGCGGCGAGGAGGCGGACGACGAACGCAGCGAGCUGGUCAGCGAGGGCCGGCCCAUGGAGACGGACAGCGAGAGCGACUUCCCACUCUUUGUGUUGAGCGCCGCCAGCCAGUCCACGCCCUGCCCCGAGAAGAACGGCGAGGGGGGCAGAACCAAGAUGGAGGGGCGGCGGCUCUUCCCCACUCAGAAGAUGAUGGAGUGCGACACGCUGUCUCGUCGCCGGUCGCUACGGAGCAAGACGGACAGCAAGACGGACAGCGAGUCAUCGGCGGGCGGCGAAGCUCGGGCAGAGGCCUCCUCGCGCCUGGCGCGGGUCCUGGAGGUGAUGAAGAAGGGGCGGUCCACCGGCAGCCUCAGCUCGUCGUCCCGCAGCGAGUCGGAGCGCUCCGAGUCCGACGCGUGGCACCUCAAGAUCACCGAGCGCCUCAAGUUCCGGCUGCGCUCCUCCUCAGACGACAUAUGCCAACCCAAGAGCCGCGCCCCCGACGUCAGACGAAAGAACAUCCGUCGGCGCCACACCAUGGGCGGCCAAAGGGACUUUGCCGAGCUCGUCCACGACUGGCGAGAGCAAGGCGGCGCCGACCGGACGGCUGACCUGUCGCUGCCGGACCGCCUGAAACCCAGACGGGCCUCGCAGGACUUCAGCAUCCACGACUGGCUCGGCGGGGAUCGUGGCCGAAAGGGCCAAAAUGGGCCGCCGCCGAACACUGAGGUGGUGCCCGAUGCUGCCCCCGAAAACGCGGUGGCCACCAACGGCAAAAGCGGCGACGACGCACACCCUUACAAACUGUCGGAGGCGCAGGUGGUGUGCUCGCGCUUCUACCAGUACCUUUGACCCGGGCCCCCCCCCCAAUACCUGGAUAAAUGUGCAAAGGUGCACUCUCAGCUGCACAGUAGUUUUGUUGUGUAAAUAACGUGUACAGCUGCCAUGAUUGUGAUGGCAAACUUCACUAAUCGCUAGCCAGACUGGAACUUCCUGCUGCAUGUGCGCACCAACCCCAAUUUCUUCUGUUAUUUUUACCCCCUCAAACGAAUGUACAACUCUCAUACUUGGACAAUGUACGGAGUUCCUCCACUAUUCACAGGAAAUAUAUUUUUAAUUCCCUAUACUUGCCACAAGGUGUCCAAAUCGGUUUGUCUCAGCUCACACAGAAAACCAGCCACCAGAUGGCGCCAGAGUAAGGCGUUUAUUUCUUUGGCCAUUUUUUGCCAAGAAAGAAAAUACGUAGAAAAAGAAACGAUUUUUAAACCACGACUAUGCGGGGAUACAUUGUCCAUGUGCUAGAAGAAACAUUAUGUGGACAUAAGUACUGGGACCUCUCAAUCAAGUGGCUAAACUGGAGCCUUAAUUCCAAAUCAGAAGCAAAAAAUUAUCCUAACUUUGGUCACAUGGUACAAGCGGGGCGCGUGUUGUGGGAAUGUCUCUGUUUUUACCUCACAUACGCAACAGCGAGAGAUUAGUUAGCCAAAUAUAUUCAAAUUUUAACAAAUAAAAUGAAAUGUAACAAUAAUGACAGAGUACGAGGAUGCAAUAUUUUUGCCUAUGGUCCUUUUUUCUAUUUCCAAUCUCUGUCCAGUUAUUGUCCCAAACAGACAUCAGGUCAAUGUAUGUUGUUGUCCUCCCAAAAGUGCCUCUUUUUUCCCCGUUUUGUAACUUUCUAUAAAACGUUGUUUAUAAGAAGGAAUUUGAGACAGGUUAAGCUCUUUUUAUUUCUUCGUUCGGAAUGUUUCUCCAAAAACAUGAAGCAGUCGCAUGUGUCUCGUCAGCACAAACGCUAGUGCAAUGUCCCCCUCGAAGAACACUGGAAAUAAAUCAUUACUAUGAUGA